UAGGCCCCUGCAGAAGGGCAGCCACCCCAUGUGCAAGGAGCAUGAAGACGAGAAGAUCAACAUCUACUGCCUCACGUGUGAGAUGCCCACAUGCUCCAUGUGCAAGGUGUUCGGAGCCCACCAGGCCUGUGAGGUGGCCCCACUGCAGAGUGUCUUCCAGGGACAAAAGACUGAACUGAGUAACUGUAUCUCCAUGCUGGUGGCGGGGAACGACCGAGUGCAGACCAUCAUCACGCAGCUGGAGGACUCCAGUCGAGUGACCAAGGAAAACAGCCACCAGGUGAAGGAAGAGCUGAGCCAGAAGUUUGACGUGCUGUAUGCCAUCCUGGAUGAGAAGAAGAGUGAGUUGCUACAGCGGAUCACGCAGGAGCAGGAGGAGAAGCUCAGCUUCAUUGAGGCCCUCAUCCAGCAGUACCGGGAGCAGCUGGACAAGUCCACCAAGCUGGUGGAGACAGCCAUCCAGUCUCUGGACGAGCCUGGUGGAGCCAUCUUCCUCUUGAGUGCCAAGAAACUCAUCAAAAGCAUUGUGGAAGCUUCCAAGGGUUGCCAGCUGGGGAAGACAGAGCAGGGCUUUGAAAACAUGGACUACUUCACUUUGGAUUUAGAGCACAUAGCAGACACCCUGAGGACCAUCGACUUUGGGACAGAUGAGGAAGAGGAAGAGUUCAUUGAAGAAGAUCAGGAAGAGGAGGAGUCCACAGAGGGAAAGGAAGAAGGACAUCAGUAAGGAGUUGGAUGAGGAAGAGACCUCUAGAUGCAGAGAGACUGGGAAGGGUGGGAUGGGCCCAGCUGCCUUGGUGACAGGCCCAGGGUGGGAGGGGUCGGGGCCCCUGCAGGGACAAUGGGGAGGUGUGUCUUCUCUCUGCUUGAAGAGCAGGGACUAGGAGUAGGACCCCCACCGCUGUGUCCAGCAGUCACUGAAGCAGAGUUGGAAAUGUGCUUGAAACAACCACACAGGAUACUUUUCUACAUUGGUGCAAAAUGGAAUAUUUUGUACAUUUUUAAAAUGUGAUUUUUGUAUAUACUUGUAUAUGUAUGCCAAUUUGGUGCUUUUUGUAAAGGAACUUUUGUAUGAUAAUGCCCGGUCAUUGUGUGACUGGCGAUUGUUAGAUAGAGGGUAAUGUACUGUAUUUCAGUGUCUAUCCCUGACAGAGGGGAUGGUAACUGAGUUUGUUAUAUGUUGUUUUAAUAAAUGCACAGUGCUCUCUUCCUGUUA